UUGGUGCCAAAAUGUCAGUACAACCCACAAAAUACACAACAUUUAACAUAAAUGUCUAAUAGGAUGUGAUAUCGACAUUUUAUUUCCAAAGAGUAAAAAAUCACUUAUGAACUGACAUACAGUGCCGUGGAAAAUCUUCUUAAAUGUUUCAGAUCAUCAAAUUAACAUUUAGAUUUAUUGAAUACUAGACAGAGAUAAUUUUUAAAUGAUGAUUUAUUGAAAACCUGCAUCACCCCUUUGAAAAAGUAAUUGCCCCCCUGAACCUAAUAACUGGUUGGUUCCUUGGCAGCAGCAACUGCAGUUAAAUGUUUGUUCCAGCUUGUGAUCAGUCUUUUACAUCAUGGAGGAAUUCUGGUCCACUCUUCUCUGCACAAUAGUUUUAAUUCAGUCACAUUAGAUGGUUUUCAUCCCUUUUAACUUCUUGCCGCAGCAUCUCAUUUGGUAAAACUGUAUACAAACUGCAAAACAAUUUAUGCCUUUUCUUAAAAAUAUUUUUGGAUCUGGAAAAGAGUGAGUCACCGAGUUAACUCCUGCCCAGAUCUGUUAUAAUAAGAACGCUCUAUUUUGGGUGCUUUUCAUUCCUUCGCUCUGUCUGGCUUCCACUGUGGCUGAUUUCCCUGAUGACUGGAAACGCUCCAGUAAAGAGUUUGAAGUGAGUGUGGACAGAGAGGACUGUCGGCUUCUCCACGUGUUCACACCACAAUCUCUAACUCGGUCACAUGGACGAACAGAGGGACACGCGCAAAAAAAAAAAAACACUCUCCUCGUUAACUAAUGAGGAGGACGGGAGCGACUGCACUCGCACAGACACACAUUGAUUUAUUUAUUUUUUUCAUCACCCCGCAGAGCUGAAGCCACUCUUUCAUUCAUGCUCUGACUUGUGCUCAGGAUGGAGGCUGUGGCUCUGUUCUCUUUCACAGCAUCCGAAGCAGACGAGAUCAGCUUCCAUAAAGGGGACAUUAUCAAGGUGACAGAAAUGGAGGAUGAUUCCUGCUGGGUAACAGCAGAGAUCCAGGGGCGGCGAGGCUACGUGCCCGAGAACUACAUUUCCCUCCUCCCUCAUCCGUGGUUUGCAGGUCCGGUGUCGAGACUCGAGGCCGAGCAGAGACUGCGUUGGCAGGACACCGGAGUGUUUCUGGUGAGGGAGAGUGAAUCAGCUCCUGGAGAGUUUUCUGUCUCUGUUAGCUAUGGCGACAGGGUGGAGCACUUCCGGGUCCUGGAGGGCGGUGGUCAGUACUGCAUCUGGGACGAGUCGUUCUGUUCCCUUAACCGUCUGGUGGACUUCUACCGAACCCACAGCAUCGCCGUGGAGAAGGUGGUCUGCUUCAGAGACCCUCCCUCGUCUCCUCAGCCACUGCUUCACCCAGCUCGUAACCCCUACCCCAACCCCUACAGAAGCAGCUCUCAGGAGUCCAUCCCCUCCACCCGACUCCACUCUCACCCCUCUCACCCAGAGAGACAAAGCUCCCCCCGUCGGCUGGAAUCAGUUUUGGAGAAGCCCCGCCUGGCUCACGCCCUCUGUGACUACACCCCCCCUCAGAGCGCCCACCUCCACUUCCUGCGUGGCGACAUCAUCGACCUGCUAGACUGCUCAAGCUCGCUGAGCUGGAGGGGGCGCUGUCGAGGCCGAGUCGGAGUCUUCCCACCAGAUUACGUCCAACCGCUGUAGCACUGAUGCCAUAUCAAACCCUCGACAACAUGCUGCCGUAACGCCAACACUUAUCAAUCAAUUUAGUCAAUUAAUCAAUUACCUGAAAGCUAAUAGAUAGCAAUAGAUUAAAGGCCCCAUCCAAUCAGCUUCAAGCUAUGCGCUAUGGGGUCCUGAGGUUGCAGUAUUUUCUGGCAAAGUUGAUUAUUUCUCAUGAGAGAUUUUCUGCUUUUCUUAGUGACUGUGGGAAAAUGGGUUUACAGAAACAAAAUCGAACCACACCCUGAUUGUGGGUGUAAAACUCUGAAUGAUACCUAAAGAUGUUAGUCUGUUCUCGCUUUGUUAGUCCUAAAUACCUGCUGUGUCAUCGGGCAGAAGUGAGUAUUCAGAGUAAUGCAAAAUUUAAUGAUUUAAGUCAGUUCCAGUAUUGAGCAAUGGUUGAUUAAAUUCUGUCAUUAUUACAUGAACAAACAAUUCACUGUGGGUUCUAUAUGUUUCCUGUUUUUUACUGACUAAUCAGUAAGUCAAAAAUAAAACCUGAAACAUAAAUUGAUAAAGAAAUAGUAAGAACAAGAAAAGCACUCAGAGAGCACAGUUCUCUGCCAAGACUGCUCAAUCUUUGUAUCAUUUCCAACAGAUGAAAUCUUUAAUUAAAAAAUGAUGUUGCGUUGAGCACAGGUGUGUGUUAUGCAUGUGUACGUUAUGUACGGAUGCCGAAUCGUGUAACCUAAAUAUGUAGCAGGCGGUAGGAAUUGAUGGGACUCGGAAAAAGACUCACAAUAUAAUCACCUGUUGCUUGUAUCAUUUCCGAUGGAUAAGUCCUGAUAAGUCCACAUUGGUCGAUUUGUGGUCGGACUGCAUUCAUGUGAUCGUCAGCAGGCAGCUGAUGCAGUGUUCACGUGUUGUCAUAGUUACAGUGAUGCCACACCGCUAUUUUGCAAUGAUACAGAAAUCUUUAACAAAUCCAUGGAUCCAGACUAUAAGCUACGUCACUGCCCAAAUUUUAUCAGUUGGUCCUUGUGUCAUUUCAGACCUUCCCUGAAAAUUUCAUCUAAAUCCGUUAGUCUGUUUUUGGGAAAUGUUGUGAACAGACAGACAGACAGAUGGACAAACGUACGCUGAUCGUCACAUAACUACGCCGCGUUCCUUGGCGGAGUAAUAAUUGCUGCAGCCUCAGAGUGAACCAGCUUGUAUUGAAUAUAUGCAUUAAAAGUGGAAUUUAACAUUA